GGUGAUUCCGCCCAGGGGAACGAAGAAAAAGAGCCGGCCACGGAGGAGCAGCAUCGUUCAUCAGCAGGGAGGAAUAGAGAGGCUCUCCUUGUUUCCGUCAAUUAAAAGUGACUCCAGCCGAAGUGACAGCCUGUUUUUGUGUAUUGGUUCGGCUGUCUGUGCUGUUGGGUUGAUCCAGGGAAACUUUGAGCGCGCGCGAUGGCUGAGAAGAUAGACAUGGAGGACAGGAAGCCAUCGAACGGCGAGCCACUGACCAACGGACUGAGCGGCCCGAAGGAGAGCGAGACGGAGCCGCUGGCCCAGCGGGUCCGGCGGAUCGUGAUGGCCAACCUGCUGGUCAUCCUCACCGUGGCCGGGGUCAUCAUCGGGGUUUUAAUCGGACUCGGCGUGCGCAACGUGGAGCUCAGCCGGACCCAGAUCAUCUACAUCGGCUUCCCCGGGGAGCUGCUUAUCCGGCUGCUGAAGAUGAUCAUCAUCCCGCUGGUGGUGUGCAGCCUGGUGUCCGGCUCGGCCAGCCUCGACCCCAAAGCCCUGGGCAAGCUCGGCGGCUGGGCGAUGCUCUUCUUCCUCGUCACCACCUUGAUCGCCUCGGCCAUCGGGGUGAUCAUGGCGUUCAUCAUCAGCCCCGGCUCGGUGACCACGGUGAAACCGAAGGUGCAGGGCUUGGGCGACGAUGUGCCGGCGGCUAAAGAGGUGAUCGACUCCUUCCUGGAUCUCGUCAGAAACAUCUUUCCCUCCAACCUGGUGUCUGCCGCCUUUCAAUCAUAUGCGACCAGCUACAAGCUGGUUACAAGGAAUGGCACUGAUGGAAACCCCAACAUCACAGUGGAGAAGGUGCCCAUUGGAACCGACCAGGAUGGGAUGAAUAUUCUUGGUCUGGUGGUGUUUGCCAUUGUGUUUGGCGUGGCUUUGAGGAAGCUGGGAGAGGAAGGGGAGAUCCUCAUCAAGUUCUUCAACUCCUUCAACGAGGCCACCAUGGUGCUCGUCUCCUGGAUCAUGUGGUAUGCUCCUAUUGGUAUCAUGUUCCUCGUUGCUGGCAAGAUCGUCGAGAUGGAGGAUGUUGGCACGCUGUUUGCCAGUCUAGGAAAAUAUAUUGCCUGCUGCAUUGUGGGACAUUCCAUCCAUGGCUUACUUGUGCUGCCCGCCAUCUACUUCGUCAUUACAAGGAAGAACCCAUACACCUUCCUGUGGGGGAUAUUCACAGCGCUGGCGACAGCCUUUGGAACGAGCUCAAGCUCUGCUACUCUUCCCCUGAUGAUGAAGUGUGUAGAGGAAAAUAACGGUGUCUCCAAGCACAUCAGCCGCUUCAUCCUGCCCAUCGGCGCGACCGUCAACAUGGACGGCGCUGCUCUCUUCCAGUGUGUGGCCGCAGUUUUCAUCGCUCAGCUGAACAACGUUUCCCUCAACUUCAUCCAGGUCAUCACCAUCCUUGUGACAGCAACAGCGUCCAGUGUUGGAGCAGCAGGUAUACCUGCCGGUGGUGUGUUGACCCUAGCUAUCAUCCUGGAAGCAGUGGGCCUUCCAACCAAUGACAUCUCUCUCAUCCUGGCUGUUGACUGGCUCGUGGACCGAACCUGCACGGUGCUGAAUGUGGAAGGCGAUGCUUUCGGAGCCGGUCUCCUGCAGAACUUCGUUGACCGCACAGCCAAAAGAGAGGAGGGCAACGAGCUGAGCGAGGUCCGGAUGGAAUGUGAACCGUCGGCCGCCGCACCCGAGCACUCGCCGCUCAUUGAAAAACCCGACGGGGGAUACGUUGAGAAGCGACCGCUGUCUACUGAAAAAGAGUCGGCCAUGUAAAACCAGCUGCUGAUAUCACCGAAGAAACCCCUCAAUUAUGUAACACUCCUGAAAGACGCAACCUUUUUUCGAUUUUUAUUUUAUUAUAUUGUGUACCUCCUGCCCGAGGGAAGGAGUGCACACAGAGAGGAGGAACAUGCAGGGCGCUAUGCAAACACGAGUUCUCUGUCCUCAACGCUUCUCUGUGGAGACGGUUCUUUGAGAAGUACCGAAGGGGGAACAUCAAAAGCGAUUUUCUGGACAAUGACUUUGGUUUUCACUUUGAGGGACAUUGAUGUACAUUGUCAGGCUGCUGUAUUCACUCACACUGAUGUUGCAUUCAGUCGGUCCUCGUCAAUUUUAAAGUCAGAAUUCAAUUCAGUCUAUAAGUCCGUUAUCAUGUGACGCCCUGCAAAGAUGUAGAAGCUAAUGUCCGAUCUACUGUACAGUUAUAGGGAAUAUUACAAUCAUUUAUAAUGUUAUAAUGGAAAUUACAUUGAUGCAGGUACUUAUUGGCUUAUUGUUGCAGCUUUGUCACAUCUUAUUUACUGCAUUGAGGAAAUUGCUGUUAAUCACAACUCUAUUUAUGACUAGUCACCUUUUUAAUAUCAACUUCUUGGUGGAAAUCUUCAAGAAUUCUGACUGUAAAUUUGAUGAGGACCACUGUACAGUUUGCUGGACCUAGUCUGCAUUAGCAAGACACUUCAUAUAACUUAUCUGAUAUCCUUAGCCUUCAGUGUGCGUGUGUGUGUGUGUCUGUGUGUGUAUGUGUCUGUCUGUGUGUAUGAAAAUAUCCAGUAAGGCUUGUAUAUGUUUCAAACUAUCAUUAUACUAUAUCUCUAGAAUAUAAACAUAAAUUGUGCAUUUUAUUACUAACUAUUGAA